AUGUGGUUCACGACUGCAGCAUCUCUCGCCCUAUUGGCUGCGAGUGGCUCUGCGCGGCUCUUAACGGUUCCAACGGUUCCCUUCGAGCCCGCAAACGGAUCCUUAACGGUCGGCAAUCUCCGAUCCAUCGUCGUUGACGAGCGUUACGCCGACGCCAUAGAUGAGGAUGGAGAAACACUCAUCCCACCGACCUUACUGGAGUUCGCCCAGACCUUCGCCACGGACUUCGGCAACACCUUCGACGCGAACCUGACGCUGUCGACAGGCACAGCGGCUGGACCAGACUCCAUCUUCCUGACCCUGGACAACGCCACUAACUUUCUCGAUGCUGCCGGCCGCCACACGUCCGAAGGCUACAGCCUCUCGAUCUCGAGCGACGACGGCAUCACCAUUGCCGGCGCCAGCCCACUUGGCGCGUGGUGGGGAACGCGCACGCUGCUGCAGGCCGCCGUCCUCAACAACGGCAGCAUCCCCGCAGGCACCGCCGUCGACGCUCCGGGCUGGGGCACGCGCGGCGUCAUGCUCGACGCCGGACGGCACUACUACCCGCCCGAGUUCCUGAUCGAGCUGUGUUCGUACCUCAGCUUCUUCAAGCAGAACACGUUCCACCUGCACCUCAGCGACAACAUGGGCAGCGUAUAUCUCGACAACUAUGACUUCAUGAUGAGCCUCUACGCCGCCUUCCGGCUGGACUCCUCCGCCGCCGACCUUGCCGGGCUCAACCGCCGGCAAAACGAGUCGUACACGCGCGACGUCUUCGAGCACAUCCAGCAGUCCUGCGCAUCCCGUGGCGUGACCAUCAUCCCGGAGAUCGAGACGCCCGGCCACGCCCUCGUCCUCACGCAGUGGAAGCCCGACCUCGCCCUGUCAUCCGACUACAGCAUGCUCAACCUCUCGCACCCCGACACGCUUCCCACCGUGCAGUCCAUCUGGCGCGAGUUCCUGCCGUGGUUCCACAGCAAAACGGUCCACAUCGGCGCCGACGAGUACGAUUCCGACCUCGCCGCCGACUACAACGACUUCGUCAUCGCGCUCGCCGACUUCAUACAGUCCGAAUCAUCCAGCGGGCAGAAUAUCCGCAUCUGGGGCACCUUCCCACCGUCCGCCGAGUACGCAAACAACAUCCCGCCGACGGCCGACAGCGGCGUGUCGAUCCAGCACUGGGAGUUCUUCGAGGACAACCCGCUGUUCGACUACAUCGCCAACGGCUUCGACGUGCUCAACUCGGACGACGCCUUCUACAUCGUCAACAAGUGGUCCGGGUCGUACCCGCAGUCGCUCAACCGCACCCGCAUCUUCCACGGGAACCCCAGCGAUGGUGGUGCGUACGCCCCGUACGUGUUCGAUACGAAGAACGCGACGAACAACCCGCCGCGCGACGAGCCCCGCGUCCUGGGACACGUCGCCGCGCUGUGGAACGACUGCGGGCCCAACGCGACGGUGUACAGCGAGGCGUAUUACGCGUGGCGCGACAACCUGCCCGCGCUGGCGGAUAAGCAGUGGGGCGGCGACCUCGCCGAGGACGAGUACGACGGCGUCUUCGCGGCGCUGCACGCGGCUGUCCCGGCGCAGAACCUCGACCGCGCGAUCGUGUCUGCUUCGUCGACGAUCUUGAGCUACAGCUUCGCGGACGCUGCCGCCGAGGGUGCGACGAGCGUGCCGGACGCCAGCGGGAACGGCGGCAACGGCACGGCGCUGCGGCUCGACGGCACCUGCUUCGUCCAAACGCCGCUGGAGAGCAAGGGCCGCUCGUACACGCUGUCCUUCGCCGUCUACCCGGACGCCGACUACACCACCGGCGGUGCGCUCUUCAGCGGCGCCGACUCCGCCCUCCUCGCCGGUAAUGGGUCAAAUCCGAACGUCAUGCUCGUCGCGAGCGGCUACGCUUUCGCGCUGAACUACAGUCUGCCGGUGGGGCAGUGGAGCGCGGUGAAGUUGGUUGGCGAGGGGAAUCGGACGUUUUUGGAGGUGGAAGGGGAGGCGGAGGAGCGGAUGGAGUUCAUCACGAAGAUGGGGAUUCUGGGGAAUAGUUUUGUGUGGGAGGGGAUUGCGGUCGAGGCGCCGGUCGGAAGGAUUGGAGAGGGGUUUGUGGGGUGGGUGAGGGAUGUGGUGCUAAGGGAUGGGGCUGAGUGA